GUUACACAUUGAUUAGAAAGUCGUCGCAAAAAAAGAAGAAAGAGAGAGAGAAGAUGUCCAGACUCCAGAUGCUGAGGCUGGUGGUCCAGCAGCGCCUGAGCGCGGCUGCGGAGGGGAUCUUCAGCGUGUUUGAGAAGACCGUGGAGGACUACGAGGAGGAGCUAGAGCGCCAGCGCAGAGCCGCAGCUCGCCAACACGGGCUGCUGGCAGACGGGAAGGACGCGAGCAGCGCCGCAGAUCCUCUACAGCUAUUUGACUGUAAAGAGGAGGUUCCCAGUGAGGAACAGGAGUGGAGCCCCAGUCUAGUCCUGGAGGAGCCAGAGCCCCCACACAUUAAAGAGGAAGAGAAGGAAAUCUGGAGCAGUCAGGAAGAAGAGCAGCUUCAAGGACUGGAGGUGUUGACAUUCACUCCUGUCACUGUUAAGAGUGAAACUGGUGAGGUGAAAGUUCAGUCCUCACAUUUUCAUCAAAGUCAAACUGAGGAGAACAGAAGGGCAGAGCCUUCAGAUAGCACCUCAACUGAUCAGAUCAAAACAGAACCUGAUGAAGAGGACUGUGGACUAUCAGAACCAGCCAGCAACUUGGAUCCAGCUGCUAACUUACCACCAAAUAGCGAGGGAGAGCCCCUCUCUUCAGAUGGUUGUGAAAGUGAGACUGAUGACAGUAGUGAUGGUUUAAACAAGACUAGAAAAACUCGGUCAGGAUUGGACACAACAAAGAAUGACAUAAGUCACAAGAGAUUUACUAAGAGGAAACCCUUCAGUUGUUCAGUGUGCGGUAAAGGGUUUUCUCAAAGCGGAUGUAUACGGACACACAUGAGAAUACAUACGGGAGAAAAACCAUUUGGUUGCUCAGUGUGCGGUAAAGUUUUUUCAAGAAAAGAUGAUACGGAGAGACAUAUGAGAAUCCAUACAGGAGAGAAGCCAUUUAGUUGCUCAGUCUGUGGUAAAGGUUUUUCAAGAAGAGAAGAUAGACAGAGACACACAAACAUCCAUACAGGAGAAAAGCCAUUUAGUUGCUUAGUCUGUGGUAAAGGGUUUUCUCAAAGAGGACACAUGAAGACACACAUGAGAAGACACACGGGAGAGAAACCCUUUAGUUGCUCGGCCUGUGCUAAAUGUUUUUCAAGAAGAGAAGAUAGAGAGAGACACAUGAAAAUUCAUACAGGAGAGAAGCCAUUUAGCUGCUCCGUCUGUGGUAAAGGGUUUUCUCAAAGAGAGCAUGUGAAGACACACAUGAGAAUACAUACAGGAGAGAAACCCUUUAGUUGCUCAGUCUGUGGUAAAGGGUUUACCCAUAAGUACAGUCAUAGCAAACACAUGACGUUUCAUAGAUAACAUCAUAAGUUAGCUCAUCUUGUGAAAAAACUUACUUUGUCCACACGCCAGAAUUAGAUCACGUAAAUCUGUGUCCAACGGACUGACCUGAUGAUCACGCUAGAGUUCUGAGGUGGAUGUUGCAUCCCGCAUCAUUGGAGAAAAGAACGUUUGGUAACACUUUAGUAUGGGGAACAUAAAAAAACUUAAUUACUAGUGAAUUAGUAAUGAUCAAGAGGUCACUUUAGUAUGGGGAACAUAUUCUAAGUAACAAAAACUUAAUUUAGAGUAAUUUAACACUAUGAACACUUGUAGUUUUGUGUUUUGUUAUGUAAGAACAGACCAUAUUCAUUAAGUGUUAGUAAGGGAGAAUAACUCUUCUUGUGGUACUACCACCUUAUAAAGUCCACACCAAGCAAAGCAUAUUGAGAUGGUACUACUAAUAAGCGAUACUUCUGAGGUUAUAGAGGGAAAACUCAUAGUUAAUGGCUUACUGGUUGUAUAAUAAGGCCAUGCAGAAUAAGGCAUUAAUGAGUACGUAAUAAUGACCAAUUAAGAGCCAAUAUGUUGCUAAUUUGCAUGCUAAUAAGCACCUAAUUAAUGGUGACUACGUUCCCCAUACUAAAGUGUUACCAAACGUUUUUGUUAACAGAGAAGCCUGCCACGAAUUUGUUCAGUUUAACGGAGUUUCUGUGCUUGACACCAGACUUUUUUAGAUGCCAAUGAGAGUGGUUAAGGCAGCAUUAUUUACCAAAGUAAACCUAAGGUACUGUAUUCACACUAAAUCAACCGAACCUGCUUGACUCAAAUGCAGUACAAAGGAACCAUUUGGCUCCAAAUUAAUGUUGCUGUUCCCAGGAAUCUUGUUUCAUUCCCAGGAAUCUUGUUUAAUUAACAUGUUUUUCCCUAGUUUGCUUUGUGGAUAAAAUCUGAAAUUACUGUUUUAUGCUGGCUAUGAAAUGUAGAAGCCACGCUUCAUUGUAUCCACAGUGACUUUUAAUGUAGAGGGGGAAAAAAACAUGAAACUGCUGUUUUGUCAAGAGAAACUGCGUUAAGAAAACGUGUUCUCAACUCAAAAAGAUUGUUGUUGGAAAUAAAGGAGGUACAUUUUUAAGGUU